AUUGCCUCGCCAUGCUCGUGAAUUUCCUUCGCGCAGAUCGCGCUGCAUGCUUUGAACUCCCCUAGUAUGACCCUCACACGACCCACCAGGGGGGCGCUGUUGUCAAAUUCACUUUCACCACUCCCUUACUCAUGCCUCGUAUUGGCCGUUCGGUCUAUUUUCACUCGCUCCCAACUCCUUUAUAUGAUAGCUGAUCCUCCCCCAUCUUUCCCGGUUCCUCUACCUCUAAGCAACGCUCGUUGAAGCUCGUCGACACCCUUUUCACGCCCACCAUGGAGGAGGUCUACGUCUUCGGCGACCAAACAGCCGACUGCCGGGCGUUCUUCACCAAGGUCUUCUCCCGGAAGGACGAUGUCAUCCUACAGAGCUUCCUGGAGAGAGCUGGUGAAGCCGUCAGAGUCGAGAACCGAGCCCGAUCACAUCCUUCAAAAGCAGUCCCUAAUUUCUCUACCGUUCAAGAACUAGUCGAUCGUUACUACAGAGGCGAGGCCAAGGACGCCGCCAUUGAGAGCGCCCUCGUCUGUAUUUCACAGUUCACUCAUUUCUUCGGUGCUUUCGAGGAGAGAACGCCUUCGUACAUUUCUCAUAAUGUGGACGCACGGCUGGUCGGUCUAUGUACCGGGUUAAUUGCCGCCGCCGCGGUCGCUUCUUCAGAUUCCCUUACCGCCCUCCUUCCACUCGCAGUUGAAGCUGUCCGAAUUGCAUUCCGGGCAGGCGCCCAUGUGGGCAAGGUGGCUGACCAGAUCGAGUGCGACUCCAAGCCGCAGUCGUGGUCGACCAUCGUGGCCGCGGACGAGAAAUCGGCACAGAGCGCUCUGGACGCGUUUCACAAAGAGAAGGGUACUUCCCCGACGAACAAACUCUGGAUCAGCGCCUCUUCUGCGACCUCGGUCACCAUUAGCGGGCCCCCAUCCACCAAGGCCUCGCUGUUCGAGGAUUCAGAGUUCUUCCGGACGCACAAAAACGCCCCCGUGUCCAUCUACGCUCCGUACCACGCAUCCCACUUGCAUUCGCAGGCCGACCUCGAGAAGAUCCUCCGCCCACAGACCAAGGCCAUUUUCGGCAGCACGACGGUCAGAUACCCCGUCUGCUCCAGCGUCACGGGCAGGCCCAUCCCCGCACAGAACGGCUUCGAGCUGCUGCAGGGUGCGUUGAAAGAGAUCGUGAUUGAGCCGCUGCGAUGGGACAAGGUUUUGAAAUACUGCGCCUCUGGCAAGGCCGAGGAAGCCAAGGUCUUCGCCGUCGGGCCCACCAACCUCGCCAGCAGCGUGGUCUCCGCCCUCAAGGCCAACACCCCCAAAGUCACGCUCGAGGAUCAGUCACACUGGUCCACGGUGGCCCCAGCGGGAACGAAGCACUCGAAGAAAGAGGCCGACAUCGCCAUUGUUGGCUAUUCAGGCCGAUUCCCCGACGCGGCGGACGCCGAGCUCUUCUGGCAAUUGCUCGAGAAGGGUCUCGAUGUGCACAGACCGGUUCCCCCGGACAGGUUCCCAGUCGAUUCUCACACGGACCCGACUUCCAAGAAGAAGAACACCUCUCACACGCCGUUCGGAAACUUCAUCGAGAAGCCUGGUCUAUUCGACGCCCGGUUCUUCAAUAUGUCGCCACGAGAGGCCGCCCAGACUGAUCCCAUGCAGAGACUCAUGCUGGCCACUGGCUACGAGGCCAUGGAAAUGGCCGGUAUCGUCCCCGGACGAACUCCCUCCACCAAACACGACAGAAUCGGCACCUUCUACGGCCAAACGUCUGACGAUUGGCGUGAGGUGAACGCCGCCCAGGACAUCGACACGUAUUUCAUUUCUGGCGGUGUGCGUGCCUUCGGUCCCGGUCGUAUCAACUAUUUCUUCAAGUUCUCCGGGCCCAGUUUCUCCGUGGACACGGCCUGCUCUUCCAGCUUUGCCGCCAUGAAUGUCGCCAUCACCUCCCUGCGGGCGAACGAGUGCGACACCGCGUUCACCGGCGGUGCCAACGUGCUCACCAACUCCGACAUUUUCUCCGGUCUCAGCAGAGGCCACUUCUUGUCCAGAACCGGGUCGUGCAAGACCUGGGACAACGACGCCGACGGUUACUGCCGAGGCGACGGUGUCUGCUCCAUCAUCCUGAAGAGGUUGGAGGACGCCGAGGCCGACCGCGACCCUAUUUUGGGCGUCAUCCGCGGGAUCGGUACCAACCACUCGGCGGAGGCCGUCUCGAUCACGCAUCCGUGCGCGGAGAACCAGGCCUUCCUGUUCGACAAGGUGCUCAAGGAGUGCAACGUGCACUGCAACGAGGUCAACUACGUCGAAAUGCACGGAACCGGCACUCAGGCGGGUGACGGUAUCGAGAUGGAGUCCGUCUCGUCCGUCUUCGCGCCGCGCCAACCCCGCCGGAGACCUGAUCAGCCUCUCUACGUCGGUGCCGUGAAGUCCAACAUCGGUCACGGUGAGGCCGUGUCUGGCGUGUCUGCGCUCAUCAAGGUCAUCCUGAUGUUGCAGAAGAGCAAGAUUCCACCUCAUACGGGUAUCAAGAAGCAAAUGAACAAGAACUUCGCACCCGACUUGAAAGAGCGCAACGUCAACAUUGCCUUCCAGACGACGCCAUUCCUGCGACCUGCUGGUGGCAAGCGAACCGUGUUUAUCAACAACUUUAGUGCGGCUGGUGGUAACACGGCGAUGCUGCUUCAGGAUGGUCCUGAGAUUCCUGCAGAGCCCACUUCGGAUCCUCGGUCGACCCAGGUGGUAACCGUCUCCGCCAAAUCUCUGGCCGCCUUCAAGAAGACCGUGGCAAAAUACGAAGAGUAUCUGAGCAAGAACCCCAGCGUCGGUCUAACCGACCUGGCCUACACGGUCACUGCUCGUCGCGCGCACUACAACUACCGCGCGGCCUUCCCCGUGCAGUCCAUCGCGCAACUGCAGGCGGCCUUGAAGGCCACUCAGGAUCAGACUCACAACCCUAUUCCUCUCGCCGCGCCUCAAAUCGCCAUGGCGUUUACCGGCCAGGGUUCCCAGUACACUGGCAUGGGCCAAAAGCUGUUUGAGACCUCCAAGCAGUUCCGCGGCGACAUCGAAGAGUUCAACGAGAUCGCUCUUCGCCAGGGUCUGCCAUCGAUCAUGCCGCUCAUUGACGGAUCGACUGAGGUCCAGCACCUGCCACCCACCGUGGUUCAGCUCGGCAUGUGCUGUAUCCAGAUGGCCCUCACACGCCUCUGGGCUACGUGGGGCGUCACGCCCAGCGUGGUGAUCGGCCACUCCUUGGGCGAGUACGCCGCUCUCCAGGCCGCUGGUGUCUUGUCCGUCGCCGACACCAUCUACUUGGUCGGAAUGAGAGCUCAGCUCCUCGAGCAGAAAUGUACCGCCGGCACUCACGCCAUGCUUGCUGUCCGCUCCCCCGUCGCAGGUCUGCAGGAUGUCGUUGCCAACAGCCAAGGCAAGAUUGAGAUUGCUUGCAUUAACGGUGUCUCCGAUACUGUGCUCUCUGGCACCAUGGGCGACAUCGAUGCCGUUGCCCAGAAACUGGCGGAUGCGGGCCAGAAAUGCACCAAGCUUAAGUUGCCAUUUGCAUUCCACUCGUCUCAAGUCGACCCCAUUCUGGCGGACUUCGAGAAACUGGCGUCGUCGGUCAAGUACCACGCGCCCCGUGUCCCGGUCAUCUCCCCUCUUCUGAGCGACAUCGUGAACGUGGGAGGUGUCUUCGACGCCUUCUACCUCAGCCGACACUGCCGCAAGACCGUUGACUUCGUCGGUGGCCUCUCCGCCGGUAUGUCGACCGCCACGAUCAGCGACACCUCCCUCUGGCUCGAGGUCGGCGGCCAUCCCCUGUGCGCCAGCAUGAUAAAAUCUUGCCUGUCCGCACCAACUCUUCCCACCAUGCGCCGGGACGAGGAUCCCUGGAAGAUCAUCUCCACGUCCAUGGCUGGCUUGUACACCGCUGGGAAGGCCCUGAACUGGGAUGCCUUCCACAAGGAGAACGAGUCUCUCCGCGUCUUGAACGACCUGCCGUCAUAUGGGUUCGACGAAAAGAAUUAUUGGCUCCAGUACACCGGAGAUUGGCUGUUGUACAAGGGCGACUACCCCAAGAGUGUCGCUCCUGCUGCCGCCGCUCCCGUGGCCGCCGGACCCGCGAAGGCCAGAAAGUACCUCUCGACCGCCGUCCAGGGCAUCGUCUCGGAGGAAAUCAAGGGCAAGGUCGCCACCAUUAUCGCCGAGUCCGACUUCUCGCACCCCAAGCUGUUCCCCGUCGUGGCCGGCCACUUGGUUAAUGGCAGUGGUCUCUGCCCCUCGACUUUGUAUGCCGACAUGGCCUACACUCUGUGCAACUACGGCGUCAACCUCCUGAAGCCCGGCGAGAAGGUCGACAUCAACAUCGGCACCAUGGACAACCCCGCCCCUCUGCUGCUCAAGAACAUCCACGAGCCCGAGACCCAGAUCGUGCGCAUGACCAUGAAGAUCGAUCUUGACGCCAGGAAGGCCGACUUCACCGUAACCACGAACAACGGCAAGAAGGAUGUCAUCCACGCCAAGUGUGUCCUUCGCUUCGAAGACGCCGCUGCCUGGAAGGACGAGUGGAAUAAGGUGUCGUACCUGGUCCAGUCCAGAAUCGACAUGCUCAAGCACAAGAUGGAGAACGGUGAGGCCGACAAGGUCAGCCGCUCCAUGGCCUACAAACUCUUCGGCGCCUUGGUCGACUACUCGGAUGUCUUCCAGGGCAUGCAGAGCGUGAUCUUCGACGGCCCAGAGUUCGAGGCGACCAGCAACAUCAAAUUCCGCGCUGGCCCCAACGACGGUGACUUCUACUUCAGCCCGUACUUCAUCGACAGUGCGUGCCAUCUCUCGGGCUUCACCGUCAACGCCACCGUCAACCGCAUGGAGGAGUGCUACAUCUCGCACGGGUGGGGCAGCCUCCGCUUCCUCGCCCCUCUUGAGCACGACAAGCAGUACUUCGCCUACGUCAAGAUGCAGCCGGUCGCCGGAAGCAAGAUGCGGGCUGGUGAUGUGUACGUCUUCAACUCCAGCAAGGAAAUCGUGGGUGUCGCUGGGGCUGUCCGCUUCCAGUGUAUCCCCCGGAAGCUGAUGGACGUCAUGAUGCCCAAGCCCAAGGCCGCUGCGGGAGCGAAGGCUGCCGCGCCUGUCAAGGAGACUCGCGCUGUCAAGGCUCCCACACCCGUCGAGUCCGUCACUCCCUCUCACAUCGAGUUGCCGGCGCCCAAGGUGAAGGCCAAGAAGCCUGCCAAGACCCCCAAGGUCAAGGCUCCUGCUCCUCCCAAGGCCGCAUCUUCUGGCAGCCUUGUCGUGCGGGCCUUCGACAUCAUCGCUAAGGAGAUCGAUGUUGAUCAGUCCGAACUGAACGAUGACAUCCAAUGGGCCGACAUGGGUGUCGACAGUCUGAUGUCCUUGACCAUCUCUGGCAAAUUCCGCGAGGACCUCGACCUCGAGGUUGACAACACCCUCUUUACUGACCACGCCUCGGUCGGCGCUCUUCGCAAGCACCUGAGCGGCAUGUCGGCCCCGGAGGCGGCCAGCGGCGGCGACGCCAGCUCGGUCGAAUCGACCGAUUCGGGCUCGGAGAGCGACGACGAGACGGUCGAAUCUGGCAUCACCACCCCGGAGACGGAGGACUUCCCGGCCAAGCCCCAAGACCAGGGCAAGUCUGCCGCCGUGGAAGCGGUAGCCCAGCCACCCUCCGCCGCAGGUGGCGACAUGAUCGAAACCAUCCGACAGGUGAUUGCCCAGGAGAUGGAGAUGGACUUGGCCGAGAUCACCGAGACCACCGACCUCAGCAACUUGGGCAUGGACUCCCUGAUGGCUCUCACCGUCCUCGGCAAGCUUCGCGAGGACCACGACAUCGAUCUCGACCCCACGAUUCUCGCCGAUAACCCGUCGCUCGGUCACCUGCGAAAGGCCCUGGGUCUCGAAAAGCCCAAGGUCGCCCCGCCGACGGCCCAGAAGCACGAGGUGAGGACCAACGUCGUCGUCGCGCCCGCCGCUCCUCCCGUCGAGGUCGUCGUGCAGAUGCCUCCCGCCACGUCAGUGUUGCUCCAAGGCAACCCCAAGACGGCAACCAAGAACCUCUUCCUAUUUCCCGACGGGUCGGGCUCUGCCACCUCUUACGUCUCGAUCCCCGCCAUCGACAGCAAGAACUUGGCUGUCUACGGUCUCAACUGCCCGUUCAUGAAGGACCCGACCAGCUACACGUGCGGCAUCGAAGGUGUUUCCAAACUCUACCUUGAGGAGGUGAUGCGCCGACAGCCCAUGGGCCCUUACAUCCUCGGUGGUUGGUCCGCCGGAGGUGUGGUCGCGUACGAAGUCACCCGACAGCUCAGUGACCUGCAGAAGAUGCAUCCCGACCGCAACUACACGGUCGAGAAGCUGAUCCUGAUCGACUCGCCUUGCCCCAUCAGACUCGAGCCCCUCCCCGCCCGUCUGCACCACUUCUUCGACGAGAUCGGGCUUCUGGGAACUGGCACGGGCAAGACCCCCAACUGGCUAUUGCCUCAUUUCGAGUACAGCAUCAAGGCCUUGACCGCCUACCGUCCGGAGUUGAAGUCGACCCACGAUUUCAAGGCACCCCCGACGCUGCUCAUCUGGGCGACUGACGGUGUCUGCGGCAAGCCCGGCGACCCGCGACCCCCGCCACAAGCCGACGACCCGAAGAGCAUGAAGUGGCUCUUGGAGAACCGCAACGACUUUGGCCCCAACGGCUGGGACAAGCUCUUGGGACUGGAUGUCUGCAAGAUGGUCACGGUGGUCGGCAACCACUUUACGAUGAUGAAGCCUCCAGUGGCCAAGGGCGUUGGUUCAUUCAUCCGCGAGGCUCUCCUGUCUUGAGGGAGACCUUGGACGCGUUCACUGUCACGACAUGACUAGAAAUUUGCUUUUCAACAGCUUCUCACGCAAGACAGAUACCUGAUAGACAGCUGGGGUGGGACUUAAUCGCUGGAUAGACUUCUACUUUUUUUUUCCUUGCGCGUGGGUUUGUGCCCUUGUUUCAAAAUCCGUACAUAUUCGGGGGAAGGGUCCUUGACAACAAUACAGCGUUGCUGACGUUGGUUUUGCUGAGCAUUUUCAGAUGCGUUGGGGGAAUCGAUCACGGACGUGCUUAUGGAACUGUUGACUGUGCAGACUGUGCUUGGAAACUGUCAUGGGGCGUUGAUGGGGGAUACGGGCAAGGGGACGGCGAUUGCGACGGGCCUGAUUUCGAAGCGUUGUCUAUUUCCUUUUCAUUUAGUCGUGCUCAUGGGCUAUCGUUACACCCGUGUCCAAUAUCAUUCAUAGUUUUUCGCUCAUGCCUUGGCUUGUGUAAUCUUAAUGCGCAUUACUUGUACAAUGGACGCUAUGGCUCCUG